UCAAAGCAAUAAUAUCAGAUUUUGGACCAGAAGAAGCUCACAGUAGGCAUCCUGAGAAAGAUGAACCAGAAUGAUGGCUGAACAGCUGGGAAAUCAACAAAAUCAAGCUCAGAGUGAGGGUGAUAUGAAAACAUCUGUCCCUGUUGGAGCAUUCAACACCACUGUUGAUGUGAAAGCUGAGACAAGAGCAAAUGUAAUUGCUCCUGUAAUCACUGGAAACAAUUUUAACGACAAAGUGACCAUCAACUGCACGAUACAGCUUGAGAAAUCCCAAGACACAGAGAAAAAUAAAGGAAAACAAGCUGCAGUGGACCAUGAAGCUGCUGUUCAUGAUUACACAGAGAUCAGCAUCAGACUGAAGAAGAAAUUAAAACAGGACUACCAACGGAUAUUGAUUGGUAAUUCACAGAAGGGUCAUCAGCAGAACCUGAAUGAUAUAUACACUGAUCUAUAUGUGGUGGCGAAUGAGACUGGAGGAAUAGAGAGUGAACAUGAGGUGAUACAGAUGGAAUCAAGUCACAACCGAUUUACCAUUGACACACCAAUCAAAUGCAAUGAUAUAUUCAAAGUCCAGAGUGAUAUGAGCAAACAAAAAAGAGUGCUGACGAUGGGAAUUGCAGGGGUGGGAAAAACUGUCUCCGUCAAUAAAUUCAUCCUUGACUGGGCUGACGGAAAAGAAAAUCAGGAUAUAGUCUUCAUUUAUCCACUCCCAUUUCGUAGACUGAAUUUGAUUAAAAAAGAGUUCAGUCUUUUAGGUCUGCUUAACAAAUGCUUCUUUAGUAGUCCUGAUGAACUGCCCUCUCUUCCUGAAGGGGAAGGUAAAGUCGUGUUCAUCUUUGAUGGGCUGGAUGAAUGUAGCUUCCCUUUGAGCUUUAAAGAUGAUGACAGCAUUAAAGAUGUUAAUGAAGAAAAAGAAGUGAGUAUCAUUAUAACAAGCCUGAUGAAGAGAAAGCUGGUUCCCUCUGCUCACAUUUGGAUCACAUCAAGACCAGCAGCUACCAGUCUGAUACCCCGAGAUUACAUUGAUCAGGUAACAGAGGUGCGAGGAUUUAACGAUGAGCAGAAAGAGCAAUACUUCAACAAAAACAGCAGUGCUGAAGUUGCUGGAAACAUCAUCCGUCACAUCAGGAAAUUCAGGAGUCUGUACAUCAUGUGCCACAUCCCCGUCUUCUGCUGGAUCUCUCUCAUUGUUCUUCGGCCUCUGCUGGUUAAAAAGGGUAAUGACAAGACUCCCACAACUCUCACAGGGAUGUACACAAACUUUGUACUUUCUCAGAUACAGCAGAUGAAAAAUAAAUACAGUGAUGAUCCUUUCAAAGAGAUUAUUUUGAAGCUUGGGAAACUGGCGUUUUAUAAGCUGAUGGAAGGAAAGCUGAUUUUCUACAAAAAAGAUCUUGAGAAGUAUGAAUUAGAUGUCAGUAAAGGGUCAGUGUUCUCUGGGUUAUGCACCGAGAUCUUUAAGGAAGAAAAAUCCUUUUUAGAAACAAAUAUUUACAGCUUCGUACAUCUUAGUGUCCAGGAAUUCCUUGCUGCUCUCUACACAACUUUGAUUGACAAAGAGGAGAAAGAAAAAAUAUUUUUUCAAUCCUACAUAGAAAAACUGACAUGGAAAUUCUCUAAAAGGCCACUGUUUCAAAUUCAUAAGGCUGCAGUCAAGAAGGCUUUAAAAAGUGAGAAUGGACACCUAGACCUUUUCCUUCGGUUCCUGCUGGGUCUUUCACUGGAGUCCAAUCAGAGUGACAUAAAAGAACAACUGCCAGAACUAGAGCUCAAAUCAGAGAACAUGACAUACUCUGCUGACUAUAUCAAAAAGAAAAUAGAGACGGAGAAAUCAGUAGAAAGAACCAUCAAUCUAUUCUACUGUCUGACUGAAAUGAAAGUUGACUUAGUUGAGGAAAUCCAGAAGAAUCUUAGCUUAGGAAAACUUUCAGCACAGAAUCUCUCCUCUGUUCAGUGGUCUGGUCUGGUUUUUGUGCUCCUGAUGUCAGAAGAGACUCAAGAGAAAUUUGAGCUGCAGAAAUACAGAAUAUCUGAUGAAGCAGUGAUGAGACUGCUGCCUGUGAUCAAAAACACCAGAAGAGCAAUGCUACAUAACUGCAACCUCACUACUCAUUGUUGUAAGAGUUUGUCUUCAGUUCUAAAUUCCUCAGUCUCUGUCCUGAGAGAGCUGGACCUGACCAACAAUGACCUGAAGGAUUCUGGAGUGAAGAUUCUGUCCAAUGGACUGAAGAGUCCAAACUGUCAGCUGGAGAUUCUGAGAUUGUCUGGCUGUAUGGUGACAGAGGAAGGCUGUGGUCAUGUGUCUUCCGCUCUGAGUUCAAACCCCUCACACCUGAUAGAGUUGGAUCUGAGCUACAAUCACCCAGGAGAUUCAGGAGUGAAGCUACUCUCUGAGAAACUGGACGAUCCAAACUGCUCACUGGAAAAACUCAAUGUGGAUAAUGGAGGAGUGUCCAUGAUUACAGCUGGACUACAGAAAUAUGCCCGUUUUCUCACGCUGGAUCCAAACACAGCACACACUGAACUAGUUUUCUCUGAGGAGGACAGAAAGGUGACAAAUGUGAGAGAGAAACAGUCAUAUCCUGAUCAUCCAGACAGAUUUGAUAAUGUGUGUCAGGUGUUGUGUAGAGAGAAUGUGUGUGGACGCUGUUACUGGGAGAUUGAGUGGAGUGGACGAGAUGGUGUGCGUGUAUCAGUGUCAUAUAAGAGCAUCAACAAAAAGGGAACGGGUGUUCAAUCUGAGUUUGGAUGUAAUGAUCAGUCCUGGAGUUUGUUCUGCUCUUCUGAAAGAUACAUAUUCAGACACAAUGACAAAUAUACUGAUCUCCCUGCAGAGAACAUCAGCAGUAGAAUAGGAGUGUAUGUGGAUUACAGCGCAGGAACUCUGUCCUUCUACAGCGUCUCUGACACAACGAGACUUAUUCACACAGUCCAGACCACAUUCACUCAGCCGCUCUAUCCUGGGUUUAUGGUUUAUCCUGGGUUUAAAGUUGGUUAUGAAUCAUCAGUGAAACUGUGUUGAUGAAUCAAAAUAAACUGACGAGAGGUUCUACUCAUAAUGCUUUGAGCUAGAUGAUAAAUCAGUAACAGUGAAAUGUUAUAGUCUCUCCAUGACUUUAAUACUGCAACUGAAAUUCUAUCACUGAAAUAACAUGUCUGAAUAAAUUUGUGUAAUAAAUCCUUAUAUAGACA